AUGACACCCACCCCCGGCCUGCCCGUACCGACAGGUCACCCGCACCUCACCACACUUGAUCUGGGUCAGAACGGUAUUGGCGACUCGGGUGCCGCUGCGCUGGCUGAGGCCCUCAAGCUCAACACACGGCUGCAGAGACUGGACCUGAGCGGGAACGCCAUUGACAAGGAGGGGGCGGCGGCGCUGGCGGCGGCAGUAGCCGCGAGCAGCACCUUAGAGGUGCUCGUCCUAACCGACAACUACCUUGGCGAGGCGGGUGCCCUUUCCCUAGCCGAUGCCCUCCGCGCCAACAGCAGUCUUCGGGAGCUGCAUUUGAAGGGGAACGAGAUCGGGGACGCGGGGGUGGCAGCCAUAUGCGAGGCGCUCAUGGUGGGCGGGGCGGGGGUUGGGGGUGAGGCUCGCCACGGCGACAUCGCCGUGCUGGAUCUCGGCAACAACAGUCUGACCGAGGCGGGUGCGGCGGUGUUGACCCGCCUGCUCAGCCUCAAGCGCUCACUGAAGGACCUCAACCUCUACAUGAACGACAUAGGGGACAUCGGGGUGGGCAAGAUGGCUCAUGCUAUUGCCGACAACAAGGGCCUCGCAGUGCUGGACCUGGGCGGUAACAACAUAGGGCCCAAGGGGGUGGCGGCGCUGGCUGGGGCGCUCCGGAACCACGGGUCCCUCUCAUCCCUGGAGCUGGGCUACAACCCUCUGGGCCCCGAGGGCACCAAGACGGUCACGGAUCUCGCCAAGUUCAACCUGCCCAAGUUGACGACGCUCAAGAUGGGCUGGUGCAAGGUGGCGGGGGGUGAUGGCGCCCGGGCCUUAUCCGACCUGCUGCUGCUGAACAGCACCCUCUCGCACCUGGAUCUGAGGGGCAACUCACUCGGCAAUGACGGGGCCAUCCUGUUGUCGAGGGGACUGAAGGCUGCUGAGAACAGCAAAUUGGUGGAUCUGGAUCUCGGUUACAACGAAAUCAAGGACGAUGGGGCGUGUGCUCUAGCACAGGCUCUCAAGGCCAAUCCCGAGGGGGCCCCGAAGGAGUUGAAACUCAACUCCAACUACAUCACCAAAUUCGGCCAGGUGGCGCUCAGCGAGGCGGUCGAUAUGGUGUACGACAUGGGCAAGGGCAAGAUGACCACCGUACACUUUUGAGGUCUAUGCCAUGGAGGAAAACGGGGUGAGAGUAAUAUUAGAACUCUGGAGAUAUCCUGUAAAUGGUGUUAGAUGCGACGCACCCACACGCUCGUCGGGUGCGGUCACCAGCUGCUGUUUGUGUGCGUAUGCAAUUCUGUUGCGCGAUUGCUUUUUUGCGGGGUUUGCGGUUUUGCUGCGUUUUUUUGCACGUGCGCGCGUGUUUGUGUUUUUGGGUGUGUGUUUGCGGGUUUGUGUGUUUGUCGGUGUGUGAGGAAUGAAGAGUAUACGACAGCACCCAGACGUAGACGAGAC